UUAGAUCUCCUAAUCCCAACUCACCACCACCACCAUGGUCGUAAUCUCCGCCGCAGAGAUCUGCACAAUGGUGCUAGUCUCCGUCGUCCGCGACUACAUCAGCCGCAUGCUCCAGGACAUCUCCGGCAUGAAGGUCCUCAUCCUCGAUUCCCACACGGUCAGCAUAGUCAGCGUGGCCUAUUCGCAGUCGGAGCUUCUCCAGAAGGAAGUGUUCCUGGUGGAGCUGGUGGACUCAAUUUCGAAAUCGAGAGAGGCGAUGUCACAUCUCAAGGCCAUUUACUUCGUCGUGGCUACUUCGGAGAACAUUCAGAAGCUGCGUCAGCAUUUGGCCACUCCGAGAUUCGGAGAGUAUCAUCUCUCUCAUUUCUAGUUUUAUGCUGUACCUGAAUUUACCAACGUAUUGAAGGACACGGAUAUUCGUGAUCUAGCUGAUAGGGAUGAGCAUGAAGUUGUGCAACAAGUUCAGGAAUUUUAUGCGGACUUUGUUGCAGUUGAUCAGUAUCAUUUCACUUUGAAUAUGCCGGCAAAUCACGUUUAUAUGCUCCCAGCUGUUGAUGAGCUAUUGAAAUUACAGCGCAACUUCAGAGACCGGAUUGUAGAUGGUAUUGCAUCUAUUUUUCUGGCAUUGAAAAGAAGACCGGUUAUUCGUUAUCAGAGAACAUCUGAUGUUGCACAAUCAAUUGCACAGGAAACAGCGAAGCUGAUGUACCAGAAAGAAAGUGGUCUAUUUGUAUUCAGACAAACCGAAAUGUCUCCACUAUUGUUGGUAAUUGAUAGGACGGAUGAUCCUGUAACCCCGUUGCUGAAUCACUGGACUUAUUAGGCAAUGGUUCAUGAAUUGAUUGGCAUUCAAGACAACAAAGUUGACUUAAAAAGCAUUGGAAAGUUUCCAAAGGAUCAACAGGAAGUUGUGCUGUCAUCUGAACAAGAUGAUUUUUUCAAGAAAAACAUGUACGAAAACUUUGGUGAUAUUGGGAUGAAUAUCAAGCAGUUAGUUGAUGAAUUUCAGCACAUUUCCAAAAGUAACCAGAACAUUCAAACGAUAGACGACAUGGCUAGAUUUGUUGACAGUUACCCUGAGUAUAGAAAGAUGCAUGGAAAUGUUUCAAAGCAUGUCUCACUUGUAACAGAAAUGAGCAAGCUAGUCGAAGAGCGUAAACUUAUGUUAGUCUCGCAAACAGAACAGGAGUUGGCUUGUAAUGGUGGGCAGAUGGCAGCUUUUGAGACAGUGACGGCUCUUUUGAACAAGGAUAGUAUAGCUGAUAUCUAUCGACUACGACUUGUAAUGUUGUAUGCUUUACGUUAUGAGAAGGAGAGCCCCGUACAAUUGAUGCAACUUUUCAACAAACUGUCGUCAAAGAAUGCCAAGUAUAAACCUGGGCUGGUCCAGUUCUUGUUGAAGCAAGCUGGUGUGGAUAAGCGCACUGGGGAUCUAUUCGGAAAUCGAGAUUUCUUAAAUAUUGCACGUAACAUGGCUCGUGGACUUAAGGGUGUUGAAACACAUACACAACACCAGCCUCUUCUCUUCCAAACUAUGGAAAGCAUUACCAAGGGACGACUGAGAGACGUGGACUACCCGUUUGUUGGAGAUCACUUUCAACAGGGCAGGCCUCAAGAAGUGAUCAUUUUCAUUGUGGGUGGUACAACAUAUGAGGAGGCUCGUUCUGUAGCUUUGCAAAAUGCUACUAAGUCUGGAGUUCAAUUCAUCCUUGGUGGUUCGGUGGUCCUAAAUUCUAAGAGGUUCUUGAAGGACUUGGAAGAAGCUGAGAAACUAGCUCGGAUGUAUGCCAUCUGAAUCUUAGCUUUGUAUAUCUACUAGUCACGAGCAAUGUGGAUACAUGCUUUGUAAAUUUAUUUGGGGGAUUUCGAUUUGGCCAGCAGCUGUGACAAAAAUGUAACUAAAACUGCAUGCAUUCUCGGAGGGAUCAUGGAAAGCUGCCCCACGUUUCUGUAGCUGUCACAUGGUUUUCUAUACCAUAAUGCCUAGAGUUAAAGUGAAAACUGAUGGGAAGAUACAGGGGAGUAUGAGAUUAGAUGUAAACACGUAUUAGUUUAUUAUGGACAUAAGCUUGAAAAUCAUAGAGCGUCUGCAUCUCGUAAAAUGUAUUUCAUGAAAAGAUAAGGCAAACAUCUGUGUUUAUAUCUGAUCCUGUCACUAUGUCACUUUCCCUUUCGAUAACGGGAUCGUUUAACCAUUCUAUGUGAUUCUGUCAUCACCAAAAUUGUCCAAA